AUGGCUUCGGAAAGAUUUAGAAGAAAUAAUAUUGCUUCACUCAUCACGGAUGAUGGCAUCUGUGUUGAAGAUCAUGCAGGGAAAGAAGCAGUCAUCUUUCAAACUUUCAAAAAAUGCCUUGUCUCUUCGGCAAAACAUGAGAUGAAAUUUGAUCUGGCCAGAAUCAUUAAAAGAGUCGAGGACCUCGAUCAACUUACCGUACCAUUCACACACCAGGAAAUUGAUGAUGUAAUAAAAUACAUGCCUGCUGAAAGAGCGCCAGGUCCAGAUGGUUUCACUGGACAUUUUCUUAAAACCUAUUGGCACGUGAUCAAAGUGGACUUUUAUAAAUUGUGCAACCAAUUUCAUGAGGGCAACCUAAACCUUGAGAGCAUCAAUGAGGGAUUUAUCACAUUGAUUCCAAAAAUCAAUGCGCCCACCUCAGUAAAUGACUUCAGACCCAUUACUUUACUUAACUGUUGUCUGAAGAUAAUCACCAAGCUUCUUGCCAACCGCUUACAAAGACUCAUACUAAAGAUUGUGCACCGAAAUCAAUACGGGUUUUUGAAAGGACGAUCGAUCCAAGAUUGUUUGGCUUGGGCGUUUGAGUAUAUAUAUCAAUGUCAAUCCUCAAAAAAACCAAUUGGCCUUCUUAAUCUUGACUUCGCAAAAGCAUUUGACACAAUUGAACAUGAUGCAAUGUUAGACAUAAUGCAACACAUGGGAUUCAACGCUAAGUGGCUAGAUUGGAUCAAGGACAUUUUGUCCUCUGGGAAAUCUUCGAUCAACUUUCACAAGUCUACUUUGAUCCCAAUCAACUGUGACGACACCCAAAGUGAAAACAUAGCUCAAAUCUUCGGUUGCAUCAUUGGUAAAAUGCCGUUCACAUACCUGGGUCUACCAUUGGGAUCAACACGACCCUCAGUACAUGAUUUAAUGCCAAUGGUAUGUAAAGUGGAAAGACGUCUUACAUCUACCCUCAACAUGAUUUCUUAUGGAGCAAAAUUAUCUCUGGUUAACUCGGUGAUUACAUCGUUGGUUAUCUUUGCUCUUUGCACACUUAAACUUCCUGCAAGCAUUCUUGAGCUACUUGACAAAAUCAGAAGGAAAUGCUGGAACACCUAUUACACAAAAAAAAUUCCACAUGCAUCCGACGCUUGUGGCUCAUUCUGGUGGAAAGAUAUAACCAAACUCAUGCCUAUCUACAGAGGUAUAACCAAGACCACAAUUCAGGAUGGAAACAACACUUUGCUAUGGAAGGACUUAUGGACAGAUGACAUUCUAGCUGAUAGAUUCCCUAGAGCAUUCUCAUUCACCAGAAAUGAGGACAUAUCCGUCCAAGAAUUCCUAACGGCCGAGACGCUGGGUACGACAUUCCACCUCCCUUUAUCCGAACAGGCACAUGAGGAACUGUUGACAAUGCAACAGAUGUUGACCCCAACUACUCUCAAUCAAGGUGAUGACAAGUGGGGAUGUACAUGGGGUAAAGGAGAAUAUACGGCCAAGCAAUACUACUCAUACUACUUCAGAAAUCUUGAUGCUCACCAGUCCUACAAAUGGAUUUGGAAAUCCAAAGUUACUAUGAAAAUCAAGGUGUUUGGAUGGCUUCUCCUUUUUGAUAGACUCAACAAAAGGAACAUGCUCAAAAGAAGGCACUAUAACAUUGGAGACAACUAUACUUGCCUCCUGUGUGCCUCCCCCCCAGAGGAAACCUUGGAACAUCUAUUCUUUACUUGCCCAUUUAGCCAAGAUUGCUGGACACACCUCAACAUAAGCUGGCUCACGCAAGGAUCAAGGCUCCAUUGCAUAGAGGAGGCUAAAACUAUGUGGAACAAACCCAUGUUCAUGGAUAUCUUUUUGCAAGAUGCUUGGAGCAUCUGGAAGGAAAGAAAUAAUAAACACUUCAGAGGGAUCAUCCCUUCAAAACAAUCCUGGAUGAUUAGGCUGAAAGAAGACCUCUCCCUGCUUUGUUAUAGGGUGGGAGAAAAAUACAAACCCUUCCUCACCUCUGUGAUUCAAACCCUAUACCUUCUCCUUUAG